UCUACGUUGAUUUGUUUAAGUGAUCCCUUGUAAAGUUACAGGUGACCGAAAGUUUGUGAAGUCCUGCUGAGCGCUUCGCUGUGCAACUUUGGACCGGCUUGGGACAGUCUUACUAAUGGCAGGAUGGAGUUGUCUUUAGUCAAGAUGAGAAGAAAGGAGGCCAAGAAGAAGCCUGAAAUUGCAGAAUGCUAUGAAUUUCAUUAGAGUGUGGGAAUCAGAUGUAUUCUGGAAAAGUGAGCAUUUAUUGCAAUGGAUAAAAAAUAUUUACGCCAAUGGAGUGCUGAUCUAUCACCCGAGAUGGAGCUGUCUAUCUGUAACUCGCAAGAUACUCAGGUACAAGGUGACAAGAGCAGUGGAAUCUCACAGGAUCGGUCCACUCACAGCACAAACCUAAACCCACUUAGUAAUAUGUUAAGCAACCACACUGCCCUGGAUUCACCUUCUCACAGUAUUUUUUCAAGUCCUUUUCAUUUGCCAAACUACUUAUAUCCAAAUUUGAACCAAGGCCAUCUCCAAAGUGACAUACCCAGUGUUCCUGUGCUGCAUCAUCCAGUUGGGCAGCAAGCCCUUGUAUAUCAGCCACGGCUGCAGACCCCUGAACCUCAAGAACAACUAAUCAGACAGCAUAUGGAACAUUUGCAGAGGCUGGUACAGGAGCAAAACAGGAUUAUAUCUCUAAUCAAUCCAGGGUUGAUGUUGCCCGCUGCCUUACCUCUGCAUACUUUGAAUCAAAAAAGUAGCUUGCCGACAAAUGUAGAUACUUCUGUUGUGCCCAAAAUGUACCCUCCUGUCAAAGAAAAAACAACUGACAAAACCAGUCUUGAAAAUGAGAGGCAAUCAGAGAAAAGUGAAAUCCCAGAAGCUGAACAGAAACACCUUAUUCAAGAUGACAACAUUCCAGAAAAAGAUGAAACAUGCCAGAGGAACCUGUCUCCAAUUAAAGAGGAAGCAACCUGUGAGCAAGGAGAGGACCUGGUUGUCACUAGCCCUUUUGGUAUCAGAAGGAAGAAGUCACUCAACCCAGAGGAGAGACCAAUCCGACCUGGAAUUGGGGUGAGGCAGAAAACAUUUGAAGAGUUUGUGGAAGAACAACUAAAAAAGGACACUGAAAUUCUCCAAAAAGAUAAAAAGGAAGAGAAGGAUACUAAAUUAUCUACUAAGAAGUCCUUCUUAAAGAGGGGAGAAGGCGUUUCCCGGAUAGGAAAAAGUAAAGAGGAGAUGAGUGCUUCUUUGACCCAGCUUCCCAGGAGAGUGAGUUUCACAGGUCAUCAUCGACAAUCUUUACCCACCCUGCCUGGCACUGAACAGUUUCAAGAAAGGAAGAAGACCUUGGACAGACAAUAUAGUAACCCUGCAAUUACAUAUUUAAAAGGCAAUUCCUCAGUAGCCUCAAAUGACAUUAAAGUAAAGACUGACAAUAUUUCAGAGGAUAAAAUUGAGGGUUGUCAAGCAGCUCAUCAUUUCAAAAAUACAGAAAAGAUAGAGGAAGAGGAAAAUCAUGGUAGGGGAAAGAUGGUAAGGUCCCGAAGCUUAAGUCUAUCUUCUUUGGCUACCUCUGUGGACUCUAGUUUUCCUAGGCACAUAUGUAUAGCUGAGAAAGAUUCUUUAUCUAAAAAUAUGCCAAAUGCAACAGAAACCCAUGAAACUGACAUGUCAGUGUCUGCUGAGCAGAAGAAUUCUAAGUCAUCAGACAAAAGUGGAGCAAGUGCUGGCUUUAAGAAAAUCAAUGAUCGUAUAGUGAAGGUCAACGAAUCUAAUGAAAGUGGAAGUGAGAAAAGUGGAAAGAGUUGGAGUCAACUGGCUUUGAGCAUUAAAAGUGAAGGUAGCAGCAGCAGUAGUGAAGAGGACCCAAAGUCUCACUGUCAUAAUAGUCCUGCCAAAUUUAGUGUCCAGAAGCUGAGUCACAAUGAUGUGAACUUAGACUUGUCCGAUCCUGAUUAUGCCAGUGAUGCACCUAGUGGCACUGAACAUAUUGUGUGCCGACCUCAGACACCACACAGGCACAGUUUUCUCCAUGACCUGUCCAGCACAAGCAGUAGUGAUGACAGCAGCAAUGAGCCCAGGCAAUACUGGCAUCACCAUAAUAAUCGACCAACCUCCAGCCAGCAUACUCGUCUGCUGAGGAAGCAGAACAUAGAAAAGAUAAGAGCACCAUCAGUGUCAAAAAAUGAAAAGCUUACUAUGGAGGCGGUGCCCACCUCAGAUAUUCUGGCAGGCCUCUUCCCUGGAUUUAAAUCAAAAGUAAAAGGUCAAGCUCACAAUGAAGAUGGUAAAGGAUUCUUGACUACUGCAGACAAGGGCAUUGAAGAUGAAGUUCAGCCUAGGUUAAAAAGUGGACUGGAGAGUAACACACCUCUGAUGGACAAGAUGAAAGAUGGACAGGAGAAGGCUCUGCAUCUUAUCAGGCAGAAGAUGGAAUACUUUAGCAAAAGUAAUGAGGAGCAUUAUGAGGAAGAACAACUCAGAGAAGAAAAGAAAAAAUCCCUGAAAUCAAAAAGCAGAUCCAGCACCCCGGUUGUAAACAUCAAAGGAAAGGAGGAAAUGCAAGUUUUGAAGGACCAGAUUGUCGCACUUCAAGAAGAAUUUAAAAAGAAUGAGUCACGUUGGUCAGUUGCUCAUGGUCAGCUGCGAAAUCAGGUGGAUGCUCUCACUAAGGAAAAUCUAGAGCUGCGAGGAAAGCUUAAAGUGUCGAAGUGGCACAUUCAUGAUUCUUUAAAGAAGCAAGUGGAUGGAUUGUCUCCUCGCAAGCAUGCAUCACCAGUUUCAGAAGCAAUACUCAUGGGUACAAGUCAGGGUCGAGAUGAGGACAAAUUGCCCACUAAUCAGAAGAGUCGCAGCUCCACACCUGUCAUGAGAAGACAACUUACCCUAACUCCAGAGAUCAAGUUGACAGAAAAGAAUGAAAAUGUUAAAGUGACAGUCAGAAGCCUAGCAGGGGUAACUGUCCACUCCCGGAGUGCCACCCCAACAUUAACUGGAAGGAAGACUCCCAUUCAAGGCAAAGUAACUCCAUUUGAGCCUGAAGCAGCAACACUACGAAUCACCACAAGUCACCAAAAAGCCAAAGAGAGACGAUCACCAGUGCCAAAAGUAACCCAGAAUCUCCCUCCAAGCAGCCGUACUAGUAAAGCAUCGCAUUCAGGAAGUUCAGAAGACGUACAACAUGCAAAUGAAAAAAAUUCUCAAGAGUCAAACUCCAAAUCACAAAGCAGUAAUGAUGAAACAGAAGUGACACAAAUUACAGGACUGGCAAGAUCCCAUGGAAGAAGAACACCUAUCUUGGAAAGCAGAAGUGGCAGUGGAAAACCAAAUGGCAGAAAGACUCCUUCAGUGGAUAAAGUGACAGCUUGUGAAAGUGAACUCAAGGAAACAAGACCCAAUUCUGUAUUAUCAAGAAGGGAAUCGCCUUACAUGAGAACCAAAGAAAGUGAUGAUGAGGUGAUGGAAGAAACACAGUUUCCAGAUGGGAAGACAGAGCAGCUGUUUUCCAAUGGUCGCAGGGUUAUUAUGUUCCGUAAUGGCACGAAGAAAGAGAUUGAAGCAGAUGGGAAAUCGGUUACAGUAACAUUCUUUAAUGGGGACGUGAAAAAGAUCAUGGCUGACGAAAGAGUGGUUUAUUACUAUGCUGAUGCUCAAACAACUCAUACCACCUUUCCCAGUGGCCUUGAAGUGCUAACAUUUCCAAACAAACAGAUAGAAAAACACCACCCAAAUGGUACAAAAGAAAUCAUAUUUCCAGAUCAUACUGUAAAACACCUGUACCCUGAUGGUCGUGAGGAAAGUGUGUUCCCCGAUGGCACAGUGGUAAAGCUAGACAAAAAUGGAGAAAAGACUGUUGAAUUUAGCAAUGGCCAGCGGGAGAUCCAUACUUCACAAUACAAGAGAAGAGAGUACCCUGAUGGAACUGUUAAGACUGUGUAUUCAAAUGGACGUCAGGAAACCAAGUAUUCUUCAGGACGUGUCCGAAUCAAGGAUAAAGAGGGUAAAAUCAUACUUGAUAAGAAGUGAUUUAAAGGAAUGUGCAAUUUGCGUAAGAUCUGAAGAGGAGUUUAUCAACAUAAAGUUUAAAACUUUAUAAAGUUUUGAAUAACUAAAAAAGAAUUUUUCUGACAAACAUAAAACAAUGUCUGCUUAAGGAUUGAUAAAUAC